AUGUCCUCACAUCAUGGUCAGGAUCAUUACCUGAUCUUGCAAGUUCCCAAAACGGCUUCCAGCGACGAUAUCAAAAAAGCUUACAAGAAAUUAUGUUUGAAGUAUCAUCCAGAUAAGACAUCAGACAAGACUCAUCAUGACCUUUUCAUCAAGAUUCGGGAGGCAUAUGAAAUUUUGAAAACAUCAGAUACCAAAAGAGCAUAUGACAAACAGCAUGGAUUCAACAAGUCAAAAUCCUUCUCAUUCAACACGACUACUUCGGAAACUAAAACGUCAACAUACAGUUCAUUUUCAUCUCGACAACCAGGCUACUAUAAUUUUUAUCAACAGUUUUAUACAAGACAAGGUGACCCACGGUCGCAGAUGGCAGACGAUAUUAGAGUAAAGAAGGAGCGAGAAAAUGACAAGAUUAACAAAAAGAGAGAAGAGGAGAAGUUCGUGAAAAUGAGGAAAGAGAUAUUGAGGAAAGAACGUGAAGAGUUGGCUAGAAGAGAUGAGGAAAGAAAAAGGAGAGAGGAAUUAAGGGCUCGACAGCAAGGAAAAACAGAAGAGGAAUUGUACAAACAGAAAAAGAGGGAAUAUCUUCAAAGGCAGAGAGAAGAAUAUCUCAAUAAACCAGCACAUUCUGACCCCUUGGAGCACCAGUUUCGUAACUUCGACACUGACCAACGAAAAGAGCAUAAGGAGCCGAAAGAAAAUCAUGAACGUAACAAUAAUUCAGACACUGGUCGACCUUCGUCUACUUCAAAUGAAUACAUGAAACAUGGCCACAUGCCGUCGGACCCCAUAGUCUUAGAAGAAGAUAAGAAAAGUGUUGAUAGUGAGGGUUCGAAAAGGACUCCUGAGUCGACAGACUCUAAUACAGCCUCGGACAAUCAUUUGAAAGCUUUUACUGAAGUUCCCAAAAAAAAUGGCGGUUUAAAUCGAGAUAACAUAUCAGCAUUCAAGCCUGACAGUAAUGGAAAGGAACCUCCGAAUAAGGGUUCUGAUAAGACGACUAAGCAAAAAGAGCCUCUAGCAUCAUCCAAAUAUUAUGAUGACUUGAUGAAUCAGGAUAUGAGGACACGACCAAGACAAGAGCCCUCUAGGAUUAGAAAUAGGCGGUCGCUAUCGCCAUCUAAAUUAUCAAAUCGGAUCCCUACAAGCUAUGUUCGUGAAGACAAGAGUUUUAUGAAAGAGAAAGAUCAAAGUUCAGCUAAACGACCGAAAAAAAACCUGAGUGCUUUUAAAUUUGAUGAGCUUCGAAACAACCUUGGGUCCAGCAUCGCCGAAGUUGAUUUUUCUGACAUGUUUGAAAGUCUUCCGUCUAAAUCAAGAAAGCUAAGUGAAGAUAGAACAACUUCUAAGAAUAAACGACCAAAAAUAUUGGAGUUUAGUGAUGGAACAUCCAAGGCUGAAACUCUUCACACACCAAUCAAUAAGAGAUUUGUUAAAGGUCAUGCGGCUCCUCUGGGUCGUCAAACUGUCAAAACUGAUAUUACAAUAUUUGAUUUGCAUGCUUCUCCUGUCAUACACUCCUAUACGCCUCCCGAACCUCCAAAUAUCAUAUUGGGUGCAAGCGUCAGCGAUGUUGACUGGAGAAAAUAUGUGACUUCGGUCCAGAAAUAUGAAAAGGAAUUUUUAAAUUAUAAAAAGCUCGUCUUACAGUAUCAAUUGGAGCGCUAUGGGAAGGAUGAAGAGUACUACGAUUCAAUAAAUAGCGAUCUGAAAGCAUUUGGAGUUUAUCAAGAUUGCUUACAAAGGGACAUAGAUGUUCUUCAAAAUUACAAUAUUCAACUUCGAAUUUUUGCUGACACCAUGAACAUUUACAAACAAAAUUGCAGUUUUAGGAGCCUGACUGAAGCCAAAGGCUUUUAA